GCGUAACCUAUAGGCUAUCACAUUUGAUCCCGUUUUCAAGACUUUCCAAAAGAACUCGUGAUCUUGACACGGUAGUGUCUUUAACUUUAAUGGAAAUGCCACGAGCGUGAAAGUCAUCAGCCUGUCACGGAUCCGCGCGUGGCCAUGAGCGGCAUGAUAAAGAACCGGUCGCGAGGAAAGCGGCUAAUGGACGAAAGAUGAGGAGAAAAACAAUAGCGAAGCGCAUCCUGUACACUGGACACGAGGGUUCCGGAGAGCAAGCUGGGGAUGCGAGCCACAUCUUCUGUCACGAGACGAAGAGACGAAGAUGGAGAGCAAUGAAUGCAGAGGAGAUCUCGUCGUAUAAUGUUGACUAUGUGAAGUUCAAAACAAGGGCUUUUGAGGUUCUUCAGCCCAUAAGUGAGACUGCGAGGGAUGCUGAUUUUACCAUGGAGGUGCUCGGAAGCCUCCAAUCACAUUCGAGGGCGGAGCUUAUUACCAUGGUGCUGAGUAUGCAGAGGGAGAUGGACGACCUCCGAGAGCAAAUCAGGAGCCUAACAGCUUGCGGGAAGUUGGCAAAAACGCUGGAAGGCUUGAUUGAGAGGAGUGAUCGAUGGCUGAGCAGCACCAGCGAAACCUCGACUUCCAGCAUUCCGAGGGUGCUUGAAAGAAACGACCCACCCUGUCAGAUUUCUCCUAAAACAGCGAUUAGUGGGAAAACAAGUGAAUGUUCAAGUUCAAAUCGACAGGGCUGUGGUCAGUAUGAGGUCAAACAAACAAUGCCACAAAGGAAUGGAAAGCUUUGCGAUCAAAAAUUUAUUACUGCUGAUCUUCUGGAGCGCUGCAACACAGGAACCACCGCUCAAAAACUCACCAAUGACCUGCUGCGCUGCCUGUACGACAGAGACUGUCUGGCUUCUCACUCCAUCUCAGGCGUCAUUAACGGCAAGCGAGGGAUACCAAAGCCAGCUCUUCCAUCUCAUGAGCUCCAGGCCAUUCUGAGGACAGUGCAGCGGUUCUUUCCCGGAAAAACUGAUUCGGAAAUAAAGGGCUACAUUCGACAGAAGCUUCAGAAUGAGGCCAAAAGACUUCGGAAAAGGCCCCACCCAUCUGAGGAUCCAUUGGUGGGCUCUUUUGAGGAGGUGGGGACUAUGUUUGAGCACUGAGCGUUGAGUGACACGCUGUCCGACCUAUGGCAGGCCGUCCCUGCUGAAUUGCUUUGUUGUUCAAGUAUUCAAAACAAGUAUUUCCUCACGCUGUUGUCAACAUUAAGAUUAUGUUUGGAAGGUUUUCCUCUGAGGUGUAGAAUCCACGAUAAACUAGCGAAUUGUUUUGUCACGUUGAUUACACAAAACUGUUACUGUAUUGGUUUCGCGCCGCAGAACGAACCCUGGAGUUUCAUCACAAUUUGCAAUAGAUAAAAACAUGUGGAUGAAAGAGUGGCAUCACUGCCAGACGUUUCUCUCGCGAUUGUAUCACACACUGUUUGUUGUGCAUGAAAACUUCAAAUGAAGUACAGACCGAAGCUGUGAGCGCAGUGGCAGACUGCUAAGCGUUGCUCUCCUGUAAAAUUACAUAAACGUCACUUGGCGGGGGGGUACGUCGUGAUUGAUGUUGUUCAGGCUUGUGGAAUUUUAGUCGAUCACAUGUUGAAAGUGUGCUCCCUGCGUUUAAUGUGAAUAUAGUUUUCGUGCGUGAUGUUAGUGUGUCUUUAAAAAAAACACAUGUGCCUCUUCUAUUGGGAUAUUCCUUACUGUGGCCUUAACAGUCGUUAAACAUAGCAGCUCUCAUUUCCAAACCACUGUGAUUACAUCGCUUAAAACAUCUUUGUCUGUUUAAAAUGUGUGGCAUCUUUUAUGUGCUUCCAAAUUGAAAGAGAUUGUGUUUAUAAGAGAGCCUCGAAUCAGCAGCUUUGGCGUCGAUUCCGAAGACAUAUGUGUUUUUUACCUUUUCAGACAGAAGCGCACAGGGCCGAGGCUCUCGAAGCCCGGCGGCUAUUUAAGCAAAUUAACCCCGCACUCACCAGCUGUAGCACCCCACCCACCCUUCUCUGGAAAAACAUCACACAACACAUGGCGCAAAGGACGGCGUGGGAACUGCAUAUGGUACAUAAUCAAUAGGCCUUAUCGCACAGGCACAACCCGAACAGCAGACACACAGCAUCAGACUACACCAUUAUCAGUGAUACAUGACCCUAAUCCAUUUAUGUGUCAAUGAUACAACAGAUUGGCGUUCAGAAAAACAGCGGCGUCACACCGGGGACGAUAUCUUCACCGAUCCAGCCGUCUCAUAGACCUUGCCUUUUAUUUCCACUCAUUAGAUAUGUUAACAGCAAAUCGAUGCGGUUCUUUUGUUUCUGCAGCUUCAGACGUUCUUACUGUGUUGUUGCGCGUCGCAUGAAUCGCUUUGAAUGUGCGGCGAGGACAGCGGCCUCCCUGUCCAAUUUCCUCUCGAAUGUUUUCUUUUAUCUAAUGUCAGGAUGGAAACACGGCAAGAGAGAGAAUUUUUCAAACGGCGUUAUUUGAUCUCCGAAGGCUCAAGUUGAUUUACAAAUACGAGAAGUGCUUUCGCUUUUUUCAAGCACUGUUUUCACUGCACAGCCAAACAAAACUUCAAAGUUGAAGGUUGGAGCAUUAAGCGGUUCUCUGGGCCCCCAUCCUUCUCCGAAGGGGCCAACACAAACACGCCUCGGCCCUCCGCGGGGCUCUCGCUGAACCUGGGUGAAAGCAGCGGGGAGGACAACCGAAAUUAAACGUUUGCAGAACGGCGCAGAAACGCCUCCUCCUGUAGGCCCAUGCGUUUCCCGCAGAGCUGUAAUAUGUCAUCUGGGCAGUCGCUCCAAUGGAGGACAUAUCCCACAAUGCCCUGCAAGGCAGGGUGCCACAGUACCCGUUGCGGCUCACUAACACGCCUCCACGUGCCAUCUUAACUUUUCAUUUGUCUUCUUCUACCUGUCAAAAGGAGGGAAAAAUGUUUGUAGGAAAACCAUCCUCCCCGGAGGAAUAAUGAUGUAUCGGAUGUACUUCUGUGUGGUUAAAUGACAGCAAUUCCAUUGGAAAAUUGAUCAGAUGAGUCUAGAUGAUCAGAAAAAUCCUAUUGUCAAAUUUCAUAUACAAAUGUAGUAUAUAUAUAUAUGUUCAACUUUUCAUACGUUUGAAAUAAA